ACAUCAAUUUUGAAUUGAAUCACUUCAAAUAUGGGAAAAUUGUUAUAUUUUGCUUACGCUAGUAAUUUAUUAAGUAAACGUAUACAUUUUACAAAUCCAUCAGCUGUGCGUAAAUGUGUUGGAAAACUAAAAGAUUAUCGUUUAGAUUUUGGACAUUAUUCAAAUCGCUGGAAAGGUGCCGGUGCAACAAUUGUUCCAACACCCGGCCAUACAGUUUGGGGUGCAAUUUGGGAACUUGACGAUAGUCUUUUAGCAUCUUUAGAUCGUGAAGAAGGUGUCCACGAAGAUAUGAAUGGUGUCCUUCAGAAUAUGUAUUCCCGAUUUGAUGUAAAUAUUGAAACGACUGAAGGUAAUUUAAUUACAUGUAAAACUUAUCAACAAACAGAAAAUCCAGAAAUGUUAAACGAAGGGGAAUCGUUACCAUUAGACAGAAAACCGUCGGAAUUCUAUAAAAGUGUUAUUCUAGAAGGUGCUAUUGAGUCUGGAUUACCAAAUGAUUAUAUCGAAAAAUUGAGAAAAAUACCAAGUGUUCCCGUUAAAGGUGAAUUAAAUCUAAACGAGCUCUUUAGAAAAAAUGAUUAAUUUAGAAUAUUUUGUG